CGCACAGAAACAGCCAGAAGCUUGCUUGUGCGACCUUUGCGACUCUCUAACGUUGGCGUCUUGCAUCUGAGUGUUUCUCGCCUAGACCGUCAUCAACAGAACGAUGGCCGAUUCUAAGAUGAGGUACUGCCGACUUUGCAACGGACCCUGUGAAGGCCGAAGUAUUUGCCUGCAGACCCCUGACCGGUUCAAACCGUCAGCUAAUAUGAUCAAGACGGCACUGGUGAAGCAAGGUGCUUUCAAAAGCCAUGCAUUCCUACACUACCUACAGUUUCAUCAGCCGUCAGCCAUUUGGUCAGAUUCCGACAUUUCAUCAGACAUGCCGGAUCCGGAGUUUUCCGUCAUCUACCCAGCCGAUGGCGGCUGCGAAGUGUCAGUGAGGCUGAAAUGGAUGCACUUUCUCCCCGAAUACCGCGAUCCCCGGUCACCGGAGCGCAGGGAGCUCGAGAAAGCUGCCCGGGAGGAGAUCAUCAGGUCUUUAAGCUUGCCAAGGAGUAGGGUGAGGGAUGGGGAUAUUGAAGUUGUCAUAAGGGAGGGAACAGUAGGGUUCCUUUUCAUAUUUAUCGACAAAAUCAUCGAGCUUGCCGGAAAACAAAUGGAUGCUCUGGUUACCGCCGGUGGAGAUGCAGAGAUUCAGGCCCGUAAUAUUAGGAAGGUGGGGUUUGCGGCAGCUUCGGCGAUUUUCGGAGCUGCUGUCGGAGCAGGUGUAAAUCUCAUGGCGAUGGGUGUAGGUGGAGCGAUUGGCUAUGUUGUGGGGACAGUGUUUGCUGAUAAGUAUUUGACGUAA